AUGAAAAAUCUUAUUGUUUUAAUUUGCGCCAUUGGCUGCGCAUGCGCCUCAGUUUCGGACCAACAAGCCAAUACUAUUCGUAGUAAUUUCGACCACGAUUCUCAGGGUGGCUACAAGUACGGUUUUGAGACAGACAAUGGUAUUACAGCGCAAGCCGAUGGAAAAAUAACAGUUUUAAACAAGGAUGAGACCGCUCUUCAAGUGCAGGGAUCAAUCUCGUACGUGUCACCCGAGGGUCAAAACAUUGUGAUUACUUACGUAGCUGACGAAAACGGAUACCAGCCUAAGAGUGAUUCUCUUCCAACUCCACCGGCGCCGAUCCCCAUUCCGGACUACAUUGCUCGUGCUUUAGAAUACAUUGCUGCCCAUCCUUACAAAGAAGAGACAGACGUAUACGAAGAGAAGAAAGUUGCCAAGGUAUACGAAGACAAGAAAGUUGCCAAGGUAUACGAAGAGAAGAAAGUUCCCAAGAUAACCGAAGUAAAGAGGUUUGGCAGGAAGUAA